UAUUUAAUUAGGCAGUUGCCUCUUGACCAGCCUAUGGAUGCACAUGAAUAUAUUAUUGCCGAUAAUGAUCUUAUUACUACUGAGAUUCCAACUGAUGAAGAAAUCAUUGAAGCCGUAAGGAAUCAGGACUGUAUUGAACCAGAAGAUGAAGGUCCGAAAGAAUCAAUAUCUUUGGUUCAAGCUUUAGAGUUUAUUAAUGGAAUCUUAUCUUUUCUUGAUCAACAACCGGAUGGUAGUUUUAAAGUUAAAGAUUCUCUUAUUCAUGGUUUAGGAAAACUUAAAAAAGAAGUAUAUUUAAAAAAUAUUGCUUCAAAAAAACAGGCCACUUUAGAUUCAUUUAUUCAGAU